AUGAGAAGUGGGUGGUUUGAGCAAUUUUCCCAUGGCUUGCCAGAGGAGAAAAUGAGAGAAGAUAGAGGAAUAAGGCUCGAAAUUGCAGAGGCGCUGGAAGCUCCUUCUUCCCAAGAAAACCCUAGUUGGUUUUCUCCAAUUUUGCUAAGUCUUCUCCACCAUUUCUCUUAUCUUCCUUCGAUUCAACCUCUUUUGUGA